CACACACACACACACACAUAUCCCCCGCCUCCCCCCUUGAGUGCUAGCCGCGAUGCUGCUCCGAAGCUAACAUGCACACCGUGGAGGAGUCUGCGACUAACACGUGAACGUUACUACAACAACAACAACAACAACAACAACAACAACAACAUGCGACGUCUGGGCGCCGUUCAGCAGAAGAUACCGUGCGUCUUCCUGACGGAGGUGAAGGAGGAACAGUCGCGGAAACGGGACCGCCAGCAAUUUCAGGUUGUUGCCACAGCAACCGUGAACCCCGUUGCCCUGGAGGCCAACGUCGACGGUGCGCUCGCCACCGAAAAACUAGACGGCACGUGCUGCUACGUUACGGUUUAUAAAGGGCGACCUCACCUCUGGGCUCGACUGGACCGGAAGCCCAACAAACAGGCGGAGAAGAGGUUCAAGAAGCAUCAGCACGCUCCCCGCGGCUGUGACGGUUUCUCGUGGACCGUGGAGGAGGACUUCAAGGCGGUGCCGGACACCUGGAUCCCGGCUCACCGAGUCCAACAGCGCGACGGUCACCCGGUGCCGGACCGGCACGGACACAUUCCAGGUUGGGUUCCGCUGGACGAGGACAACAAGCAGUACUGCUGGCACGCCUCCGUGGUGGACUCCGAGGCCCGGCUGGCUCUGGUCCUCCGGCCCGGCGCCGAUGACGAUGACGAUGACGCGCUAGAAGUCGCGGCCGUCCCGUUGGCCGACCUCCUGGAACAAACGCUGGAGCUCAUCGGCACCAACGUCAACGGAAACCCGUACGGACUGGGGAGCAAGAAGCAGCCCGUCCACUAUCUGGUGUCACACGGGACCGUCCCCAUCAGAGACCCGCCCCCAGCGGACCUCCGGCAGCUGGGCUCCUGGUUCCAGGAGAGCCCCGAGGGACGCGUGGAGGGCGUCGUGUGGCACUGCGACGACGGCACGCUCGUUAAGGUCCACCGGCACCACCUGGGACUGAGGUGGCCGGACGGGGGGACGUCCCUCACCGACAGGCCGGUGGUGGUUCGCGUGGACAACAUUAGCAGCAUUAGCAUUAGCAGCAUUAGCAUUAGCAGCAGUAGCAUCAGCAGCAUGGACUUGUUCACCUUCUUCUCUGCGCUCAAUGGACGUCGCUUCAGUCGCCUGCUGGACAUCAAGUGACACGAACGCACUACGAGACAAUGACACCUUUCCUCUCUGGAGCUCCUGCAAGUAUUCUCGGCAAUCAUUCCAGAUGCGAGUAAACAACAACAACAACAACAACAACAACAAAAACAACGACGGGACAUGUCGAAAGCAGCACGAGUGGUUCAAAGUGUUCCACUAAACUUGUCUUUGAAUAAAAGGACGAGUAUGAACGUUUAUCAUCUGAUUUCUAUUCAACAGUCGGCUUUAUUGACACACGUUAGAAAAAAAAGUACACACACAUAAAUAAAACUACUGUGCUACACGGCGCUGAGAUGUAGCCCAUAAAUACGUCAUUUAAAGGCACAGUAACCGCGUGUUAGCUGACGGACACGUCGGGCAGUUGGGGUUUCACUCCGAACUGAUGGCAAACCUUCCUCAGCUGCUCCUCCAGCAGGAGGUUCUUCCGGACCUCCACGUUGUAGUUGUACUUCAGGUCUUCGACCUCGUCGAAGAACGUGGGGUCGAAGUUCUCCAGCUCCUCCUUCAGCUUCUCGACCUCCGCUUGGAGUUUGGUUUUCUCCGUCUCGGCGGCGUGCAGGAAGCGCCUGAGCUUGGCGUGGUCUAGAGGGUCGGGGUCGGGGGGGGAGAUGAGACGUGAGACACGGGGGGGGGAAAAACAAAUCGAUAACCAUCUCCGGUGUCAGAGGUCAGGAGGUCACCUGGCUGAGAAGAGGUUUCUCCGUAUCGCUCGCUGUACUCGCUCAGCCGUCGUUUCAGUUCCGUGUUCUCCGCCUCCAUCGAUCUGAAGAACAAACAACAACAACAAUCAACAACAAUCCAGUUCCACGGGAUGGAGAAUUAUCAUGAUCCACGAUGUAAAAGUGUUCCCACAAUAAACGGUGAAGUUGCCUUU